GGCACCGCGGCCGCGCGGGGGAGUCCGUCCCGACUCGGGGCUCGCACGGUCCUGGAGUGCUCGCACCCCGUACUCCCAGUCCCGUCCCAUCCCGUUCUUCCCGGUGCCUACCCGUUGCCAUCCCCGUGCCCCGCAUGCCGUGCCCCGUGAUCCCUCCCCGGUCCCGUCGCGGUGCUCCCCGUGCUGAGUCCCUCGGGUUGACACCUCCCUGGAGUGGAGAUGGGACGCUUCUGCCAUCCGGCAGCGGGACCCUGCCCGCAGGCAGCCUCGGUGCUGGUGGACCAUUGGGUGCGUGGAUAUGUGGACGCAUGGAUGUAUUUUGCUGUCCUAAGCAGUGCCAGCGAUAAAGGAUACUAGGCAGCGAGUGCCUGCCCUGCAGGUUCCUGCGUCGGAGCAAAGGUGCUCCUCCAGCACUAAAUGAGGAGGCGUCCUGCCCCAGAGCCACCCUUACAAAGUCAUUUGGUUUGGCUGCCUUCAGGAGCAGCACAGCCCCACUGCUGCCCAUCACCCCACCUAAUUUCAGGCAGCAGGCAGCCCCUUGGGUCCCAGAUGUGCCUGCUGCCAUGAGCAGUCCAGGGCUUGGCCCUUUGGCGGGGCUGUGUCGUGCUCUGCCCAGCCCACACCCACACAGGGGAAUGGUGCCUGACCUGUUUUGGAGCCAUGGUGCCCAGCACAGGAAGAUGAUGACUGUGGGAUCCAGCCUUGGAAGGACAUCUGUGCUGGGUGGGCUGAGAGCUGGCUGCCAGAGACCCCACAGGGCUGCUAUUACCCACAUCAUUCCCAUGCCACCGCCCUGCUGAGGGGAGGCUGCCUGAGGGAGGCUUGCAGGAGGGCAGCUGUGGCAGCUGUUUGCCGUAAGGGUGGGGAAGCUGCCCUGCCGGGGUCGUCCCAUGCUGGGGUGAAGUCAGCCCGCAGCUGGUGCUGGGGGGGCAGCCGGGCCUCAGCUCUCAUGCUGGAGACUGCACCCAAGCUUAUUGGCGUUCGGUCACACGACGUGUGCAGUUACAGCAGCACUGCCUAUAUAUAGCCUGGAGGGACACAGAGCCAGGAAAGGCUCUGCUGCUGGCUGGGGGACUCGGGAGGUUGCCCAGUUAGUCCCUCUACCACUACCACAGGGCACUGGCAGGCAGGCCAGGUGUCCAAGUGGCACAGCACACCCGCCCACCCUUCCCCACAUGAUGAGGAUGUGCCCCUCGUGACAUGCUGCCCUGGUGAGCACUGGCCCCACCAGCAAGACCUGUCCUGUGGGAAGUAGGGCUGUGCUGGGUCAUCGCUGGUUACUGCACCACCUUAAACUGCCUUAAGGCUGGGGCCAGGGUGACUGCCCCUUUCCCAUCUGAGCGCAUGAAGUGACACAAUUAGGGUGAGUGCCUGGGUUUGCCCCCUGAUAGACAUCCCCCUGCAGCAGCAGCAGGGAUAUCACAGCACCUGGUGCUGGUGCGGUGAUACCUGAAGCCACAAGGGCUGGUUUGCAGCUCAGCUACCUCCUCCCACCACCAGCACAGUUUUUGAACACCCAGGCUCUUCCAAAGAGGCCACCUGGCUACCUGGGGCUCUGCCAGCCUUCCUCAUGUCCCCCAAACCCUUCCUGUUGGCUCCUGUCCCUCUGGACCCCCCAGGUCGCACCACCACGGCACGGGCAGCGUGCAGGCUGCAAUGGGCCAUGGUUGGGUGCCUACAGGUGUGAAGCGGCAUCCAUCCCUCCCUGCCUGGAGAAAAGCUGAUGCUGGCCUGGCACUUUUCAGCUGUGUGGGUGCUGAUGCCAAUGUGACCGAAGGGCUGCCUUGCGAGGGCUGUGCAGGUAAUGUGACGCAGAUGCGGCGGCGGGGACACUUCUCCCGGUGUCCUGAGGAGUACCGGCACUACUGCGUCAAGGGACGCUGCCGCUUCCUCGUGGCUGAGGCAGCUCCGGCCUGCAUGUGCGAGCGAGGCUACACGGGGGCACGGUGUGAGCAGGUGGACAUCUUUUACCUGCGAGGCGACCGGGGCCAGAUUGUGGUCAUCUCCCUCAUCGCUGCCAUCGUCACCCUCAUCGUCUUUGUCGUCUGCAUCUGCCUCUGUGCUCACCACUGUCGGAAGCAGCGCAGGAAGAGGAAGGAAGAGGAGAUGGAGACGCUGAACAAGAACGUGCCCUCGAGGAGUGAAGAUGUGCUGGAGACGGACGUUGCGUGAAGGUGCGGGGGU